GCAAAAAAAAAAAACAAACUUCCCGCCUCCCUCAGUUUAGUCUCGUGUCUCAUUCAAAGACAAAAAAUGUGUGUGUGUGUUUGUGAUAUUUUCAACCAGGUAGUUUAAGGACUUAAAAAAAAAUACAGGUAAAAGAAAUAAUGGAGAAAAUGUUCACCUUGAUCCAAGAUUUGGUGUGGGGGAAAUAACGUGUUCAAAUGUUUUACCAGACAGAAGUAAUGGCAAGUCCAAGUCCGAAAUACAAGCUGUACUAUUUCAACUUUCGCGGUCGUGGAGAACUGAUUCGUCUGCUGCUGCACACCGCUCAAGUAGAGUUCAUUGACCACAGAGUGCAGCCUUCUGAUUGGCCAGAGUUAAAACCAAAUACACCAGAGGGUCAUGUCCCCUUCCUGGAGGUAGAUGGUGUCCAGUACGGGGAAAGUCUGCCGCUGGCUCGUUACCUAGCCAAGAAAUAUAAUUUGAUGGGGGAUACGGAGCUGGACCAACUAAACGCUGACAUCAUUCUCAACUAUGUGGAUCAGCUUAGACUUGAUUAUGUCCGUUUCAAGACUGACUCACUUCUGACACCAGAACAGAAGCAAAUAUUAGAAGAAAAAUUUCAGAAACAAGAUGUCCCAAAGUUUAUGAACAAGAUAGAGAAAAGAUUGGUCAAAAGUACUUCGAAAUAUCUAGCUGGUGAUAAACUCAGUAUAGCAGACUUGGCCGUAGCAGACGUCCUUGACACAUUCAUCAAAGAAAACCCUUCAGUGUUAAACAGCUACCCCAGUUUGUCAGAUCACAAGGCCAUGGUCAUGGGACUGCCACAACUGUCAAAUUACUUAUCAUGCAGACCGGACACAAAAUUGUGAUCAUGGUGGACAUUGUGAUAUUGUAACGGGCAUUUAGUUGCAAACAUUCCUAUGAUAAAGUUUAUAUCAUCACAAACAUUGUUCCUUUAUCCUCUGAAUCUCAUCAAGUCUUUAUCAUCACAAGCAUUGUUCCUUUAUCCUGAGAAUCUCAUCAAGUCUUUAUCUCACAAGCAUUUUUCCUUUAUCCUGAGAAUCUCAUAAAGUCUUUAUUAUCACAAGCAUUGUUCCUUUAUCCUGAGAAUCUCAUCAAGUCUUUAUUAUCACAAGCAUUGUUCCUUUAUCCUCUCAAUCUAAUCAAUUCUUUAUCAUCACAUGCAAUGUUCCUUUAUCUUCUGAAUCUUUAUCAUCACAUGCAAUGUUCCUUUAUCUUCUGAAUCUUUAUCAUCACAAGCAUUGUUCCUUUAUCAUCUGAAUCUCAUCAAGCGUUUGUAAUCAAAAACAUUGUUCCUUUAUCCUGUGAAUCUCAUGUCAUUAUUAUCACAAGCAUUGUUCCUUUAUCCUGUGAAUCUGAUCAAGUCUUUAUAAUCACAAGCGUUGUUCCUUUAUCCUGUGUAUCUGAUUAAGUCUUUAUUAUCACAAGCGUUGUUCCUU